AUGCCGUUCUUCUCCAAGGUCUUCAAGAACAAGGAAGCCGGUGGCAAGAAGACUGCGCUACCGGCGGCCAAUGGAGAUGCUCACAAAAAACCACAAUGGUCUGAUGCAUGGCUACGCACGAGGGUUGACCCCGAGGAGGUCGUCGAACUGCUUCACCUAUGUACUGCCGAGUUGAAAUCUCGAGCUCUCAAUGUUCCUUUCCUUCUACUUCCAUUUCGCCCUUCUUCAGACCCAUCCGCCGCACGGACUUUUGUGCGCAACUUCUUCCUCCCGCCCCAAGAUAGAUCACGACUAGCUGGCGUCCUGCUGGAGAACGAGCUCCGAAUGACUGAAGUUAUGGUCUUAAUCAGCGUCAUGAAGUGGUGUUGGGCGCGACUUCCCGGUGGCGUUGUGACGUGGGAAGUUUACGAGGGCUUCAGAGUCGGAGAAAAGGACUCUGGCUAUGCCCGCGACGCCUUCAGUACUUUCAUACCGAUCAGCGCGGACUCUUCAACUCGGGUGCAGAUCAUUCAAGAUUUCUUCGACCUCCUUGCAGCUGUUGCCGCGCACGGGAAAGCUAAUGGACUUGGAGGCCACAAACUCUCCAGGUACGCUGGUUGGUGGGCAUUUGAACAAUAUGAUAGUGGCAAAGGAUUCGAAUCCGGUUACAAAUCAUGGGCCAGUGCUGCUGAUGCUGCUUCACAUCUCUUCUUCGCCUAUCUGCGUUCACUCUCUAGCAGCGGAAAGAAUUCUAGCAUCCUUACCCUUCCUAGAUCAUUGCAGCAAUUGCUAGAUUCAACUAGCUAUCCACCAAAAAAUGGCCUGUUGACGAAUGACACCACCAAGGUAGUCAUGAUCGUCGAUGUUGUAUCACCAACCCCCUAUGCUUUGCUUCGAAGAGCAAAAAACUUUCAGUACCGGGAUGAUGAUCAUAGCCUUCAGCAAUUUGCCAGUUUCGAAGAUCCGGUUGCAGCCCUCACAGAUGAAUGCCGUCGUGUACUAAAAGCCAUUUCUUCCGCAAACCAGUCUCAUGUUUCAAAUGCAAACACUUCCACCAGCCUUACAGAUCCGUCCUGGUCCAGAUUCGAGGACAUUGGUUUCGGGAACUCGCUUGAGGACGAUGAUGAGGAUGGUGAUGGACUACUGGGGCGCAAGCGUAUCGUCACAAGCAAAAUUCACCCAGCAUCUCACGGAGGCUAUCAAGACCUUGCCCGACCAACUACUCCCUCAUGGGCUGACUUUCUUUCUUCCGGCUUUACGGACGAGCACGGCAACAAGACUCACGCACCAAUGCUCCUCCCACCAGAUCAGAUUCUUCCCCCCAUCAACUCCACGCUGCCUAGAGGGCAGAGCUCUCAAUCACACCGGCGCCAUUUAGACACGCAGCAAAAUCUUGAUCCUGGUGAACUUGCGAGCAUUACUAGGGUUACUGUGGAUGAUUCAUUCUGGUGGGUGUGGAUAAGUAGUCUUGCCUCAGAAGAACCCACAAGCCGGAAAGCCGUCUUCGGGCGAUGUGCCCUCAUCGAGACUGUCAUCCAUGAUGGUCAAUGGAUGGUUAUGGAAGAGCAGGUGAAAGGCGCAGCUCCUGAGCCUGCUGCUGGUGCAUAUAUUGCUGAGAAGAAAACAUUCCUAGGGUUCACCACAAAACGUGGCCGUCUAACAAGGCGCAGAUCCGGAACGAAGAAAAGCCCUUUGUCUCCUGAGCCACAGUUUGGAACCAACAAUCGUGCGACACUUGCUCCGGAUCAGCAUGCAAAGAUUCAGCAGGCUGCCGCUGAACUUUCGCGGAAGAAGGCCGCAGAGGACAAGGAGGAACGAUCUGUACUAGCAGCACGUCGUGGCCGUCUACCCGAGACGGUUGCAGCUUCGAAAACGAACAGCGUGUUUACUAUUGGCCCUCUCAUCAAAGAUGAGGCUUCGCCAGCCCUGCAAUGGGCUAGUCAAUAUGACAAGAAGGCCAUCCGAGCUAAGUACUUGGGUGACACAUUGGCUGGCAAAGGUUCGCGUGAGUUACUCACGCUCCCAUCGAACGGUGUGGGACUGAACCGGUCUGCAUCAACACUUUCCGUUGUGAGUAAAAACAAAGAUCUCCCUGCACCACCGGACAACAACUCCAGACGCCAUAUACCAGAGAGAAGUCAUUCGGCAGAACAUGGCGCUGCGCCGCCUACGGUGGUUGAGCCCGCACCGGUGCCAACAGAACCGAUUGUACCGAUCUCGGCAGCUGGCGCAAGUGAAGCAGCUGAAAUUCCCCUACCACCAGAAACACCCGACCUAUCAGAGCCAAAAGCUGUUAAACACCAGCCCGCCAAAUUGCGUAAGUCAUCUGAUGUCAAGCGAAGUUCACCUGAAGAAAGGAAAACACGAGGAAAGACUCAACCAGGGCCACCUCCGGUCCAGCAAAGGAGCGCCAUUCGAAGACUGUUUGGAAGAUCUAAACAUCAGGAAUCGAAGGGCCCGGAACCACCGGCACCUUCAGGUAUCGACGCGGAGGAGGAUCCUGCUAUUGUUGCUGCUAGACGUGCCCUGGAAGGUGAUCCGAUGGCAAAUUCAGGAAACCUGGCAUCUCCUCCUCUAUCACCGGCCCACUUCGACCGUUUGAGAACAGUUCCAACUGCUCGGCCUGAAGCUGCUCGGCCUCAAACCCCACCAAUGGCGGAUGCAAUACCUGAACAAGACGAACACGAUGAUUUGGGCCUACAGCGAGAACCCACACGACAGGCACCAGAGCCUCCUCGAACCCAGAGAGAAGAAGAAUAUGACCAGCUGUCCAGAGUUGAUACGAACGAACGAGAACAUGCUGAUCGUGAAUUUUCGACGUUUGAUCAAGGUCCAUUGCUUGAUCAGCCCGCUUUUGUUGCUCCAGACACUCCUCCCAGGAGUGCUUUCUUAACUCCCGCCGAGGAAAUGCCACGUCCUCCUAUCAGUAUCCACUCCGGUCGAUCCUACCAACAAUCUGAGAGUUCGAGGAUUGAGGAAGAAGAUGAGGGCGCAGCAGAGAUGCAGCACCACCAAGUCAACCCUCAGGAUCGAUGGGCGCAAAUCCGAAAAAAUGCGGCAGAGAGGGCGGCUCGACAAGAAGAGCCAACAACACGAAGCCGUACAGAAACCAGAACAGAUGACGGCGAUACAAGCGGAGAAGAAACGAUCGAGUCCCGUGUAGCUCGCAUUAAAGCUCGUGUCGCUGAGCUAACUGGCAAUAUGGACGGUGCCAGAAGAUGA